UCGUCCUAGCCCAUCCCUCUUUUCAUCCCCUAUUCCACUCUUUCCAUUGUCUUUCUGAUUGUAUUCCAUCGAUAUCUCUGUUCCCUCGUGCUUCGAAGGUAUAACUCACCGUUUUCAUAGAUCCCCUUGCCCUGAUAACGUGCCUGAUAACGUGCUGACAGUUGCCUGCUGCCUAGCUUCCCAAGGUACUUGUCGUCGGAGCACACCCCUUUUCAUGAAGAUGAGAGUUGUACCAGCGACUCUCCUCAUCGGCGCGGCCGUUGCCGCUGUUCCUCCUGUUCAGCAGAUCCUCGAGGCACCAAGGGAGGACUUCGAUGCUGAAACCCUGCCGAAGCCUCUCGAGUCUAUCCAGGACAAGCUGAAGUCGAUCUGGGAGGACACCCAGGAGCUAUGGGAUGAGGCAUCCUACUACUUGCCUUCCAAGGAUGAUUUGCCCACUGUCUCGAUGCCGAAGCCAAGUAGACGUCGUCCCGACUCUCAUUGGGACCACAUUGUCCGUGGAUCCGAUGUGCAGAGUAUCUGGGUUACCGGCGCUAAUGGCCAGAAAGAGCGUGAGAUUGACGGGAAGCUUGAGGCCUACGAUCUCCGGGUCAAGAAGGUUGACCCUAGCACGCUCGGUAUCGAUCCCGAUGUAAAGCAGUACAGCGGUUAUCUCGAUGAUAACGAGAACGAUAAGCAUCUGUUCUACUGGUUCUUCGAGUCUCGUAAUGACCCCAAGAACGACCCCGUCGUCCUCUGGCUCAAUGGUGGCCCCGGUUGCUCUUCUCUCACCGGUCUCUUCCUGGAGCUGGGCCCCAGUGCCAUCAACAAGGAUAUCAAGGCUGUCUACAAUGAACACUCAUGGAACUCCAAUGCCUCCGUGAUCUUCCUUGACCAGCCUGUCAAUGUUGGCUACUCCUACAGCAGUUCUCCUGUCAGUGAUACCGUUGCUGCUGGCAAGGAUGUCUAUGCUCUGCUCUCUCUCUUCUUCGAGCAAUUCCCUGAAUACGCGAAGCAGGACUUCCACAUUGCCGGAGAGUCCUACGCUGGCCACUACAUUCCAGUCUUCGCUGCUGAGAUCCUCUCCCACAAGAAGCGCAACAUCAACCUCAAGUCGGUGCUUAUCGGAAACGGUCUGACUGAUGGUCUCACCCAAUACCCGUACUAUAGACCAAUGGCUUGCGGUGAGGGUGGCUACCCUGCUGUUCUGGAUGAGUCCUCCUGCCAAUCUAUGGACAAUGCCCUUCCUCGCUGCCUUUCAAUGAUCCAGGCCUGCUACGACAGUGAGAGUGCUUGGGUCUGUGUCCCUGCCUCCAUCUACUGCAACAACGCACUCCUGGCUCCUUAUCAGCGUACGGGACAGAACGUCUACGAUGUCCGUUCCAAGUGCGAGGGUGGCAGCCUCUGCUACAAGGAGAUGGACUACGUUUCUGAGUACCUUAACAAGCCCGAAGUUAGAAAGGCUCUGGGUGCCGAAGUUGAGGGCUACGACUCCUGCAACUUUGACAUCAACCGUGACUUCCUCUUUCACGGUGACUGGAUGAAGCCAUAUCACCGCCUGGUUCCUGGCCUUCUCGAGCAGAUUCCUGUCCUGAUCUAUGCCGGAGACGCUGACUUCAUCUGCAACUGGCUCGGCAACAAGGCUUGGACCGAGGCCCUCGAGUGGUCCGGCCAGGCCAAGUAUGCUGCUGCCAAAUUGGAGGGCCUCGACAGCCGCAUUGACGGCGAGGAGAUUGGCCAGGUCAAGUCCUAUGGCAACUUCACCUACAUGCGUAUCUACGGAGGUGGACACAUGGUUCCCAUGGACCAACCGGCAGCCAGUCUGGAGUUCUUCAACCGCUGGCUCGGUGGUGAGUGGUUCUAAGUUGUGACAUGUCAGUCAACUUCCCAAGCAUGACAAUUUGGACCUUUUUUUUUAAGCUACGUAUGGUUCGCAUGGCUAUUCUCGUUCCAUUAGAUGGACAAGGUGCAUGGAUUCCGGAAAUGAUGGAUUUGGUCGGGGUGGCCAAUGCCAUUUCAGGUUCCAGCGUCUUAUUGCUGAAUUUUUGUUUUCGGGUGGCGUCCAGUAACUGCAUAC